UAUCCUUCUGAUGCUGCUAGGGGUAGGAUCGUACAUCACAUGAUGAGUCUCUGCGUCAACAUCAAGUUCCACGGGUAUUUGAUCGUGGUGUUUUCGGCCCUGCUAACCAUCACGGUUCUCAUCAGUUCUGUCACGCUAAAGUUGAUCUACCGAAACCGGCACGAUGUGGACACCAUUCCGACCGAUCUUCAGGAUCUGAUCGACUAUGGUUGGUUCGAUUUUGUCGGCGAUUUUGUACACCUAACCACGAUCGGUGUUCUCUUCUACGGCAUCCGAAAGGAAAACCGCUUCUGUCUGAUACCCUUCAUGAUAUCGAUCGUGUUCGACUGGAUAGUGUAUCUGAUCUCGAACACACGCAACGGUUCUGCGCUUCCCUAUCAGGUGUGGCUAGUAACAACAGCUCUCUUUCUGUACGUGUUUGUCACGCUAAUUGGAUUGUACAAAUUUUUCCAACUUCAACCCAAGGAAGGCACUAACCGGUCGGAUGAGUUUAACAAAACGAUGUGUUUGUGAAGCUUUUUG